AUGAAGACCAACCCUGUGGGCUACCCACUAGAAACCUGUCAAACUGCAGGCCAGGCGCUACAACAGAAGACUCAGGCCAAACCCACACAGGGCCCCAGGCAGAAAGUUCUGGUGACCGGAGGAGGAGGUUACCUAGGCUUCAGCCUGGGUUCCAGCCUGGCCAAGAGAGGCACCUCUGUCAUCCUGCUUGACCUCCGCAGACCCCAGUGGCCACUACCCUCAGGAACUGAAUUUAUCCAGGCUGAUGUCCGAGAUGAAGAAGCCCUAUACCAAGCCUUCCAGGGGGUGGACUGUGUCUUUCACGUGGCCUCCUAUGGCAUGUCUGGAGCUGAGAAGCUACAAAAACAGGAGAUUGAGUCUAUAAAUGUCGGAGGCACCAAACUAGUGAUUAAUGUCUGUGUCCGUCGGCGGGUUCCAAGGCUCGUGUACACCAGCACAGUCAACGUGACAUUUGGCGGGAAACCCAUAGAACAAGGAGAUGAAGACUCCAUCCCAUAUUUCCCCCUGGACAAGCAUAUGGACCACUACUCUCGAACCAAAGCCAUUGCUGACCAGUUGACACUCAUGGCCAAUGGGACACCACUCCUAGGAGGAGGCACCCUCCGCACCUGUGUACUCCGUCCCCCAGGCAUCUAUGGUCCUGAAGAACAGAGACACCUGCCCCGGGUGGCGAGCCACAUCAAGAAGAGACUGUUCAUGUUCCGGUUUGGGGAUCGCAGGACACGAAUGAACUGGGUCCAUGUGCAGAAUCUGGUGCAGGCACACAUGCUGGCGGCUGAAGGCCUCACCAUGGCUAAAGGCUACGUGGCUAGCGGGCAGGCAUACUACAUCAAUGAUGGAGAAAGCGUCAACCUCUUUGAGUGGAUGGCCCCACUGUUUGAGAAGCUGGGGUACAGUCAGCCCUGGAUCCAGGUACCGACCUCCUGUGUUUAUCUGACAGCUGCAGUGAUGGAGUACCUGCACCUGGCACUGAGGCCCGUCUGCAUCCUCCCCCCACUACUCACCCGCAGUGAGGUGCUCAGCGUGGCCGUGACGCACACCUUCCAGAUUGCCAAGGCGCGCGCUCAGCUUGGCUACGUGCCGGACAAGUUCAGCUUCGCCGACGCAGUGGAGCGAUACGUGCAGGCCACGACCCCGCAGCCCCGCUGUUGCACCGUGCUGACGCUCCUGCGGCUGCUGCUCGCGCUCCUGCUACUGCUCGGCCUGCUGGGCCUGGCCCUGUACUUCCUAGGGCUGCAGCCUUUGCAGGCGGUGGUAGAGCGGCUCUGAACCGGACCCCAGCCCCCAACCACCACCACGCCCACGUAUGGCUCC